AUGGCAAGAUACAUUCAAUACCAAGCUGAUAAUGGAGCUCAAGCUGUUCAGAUCUUUGAUUCAUGGGCAACAGAACUUAGUCCAGUGGAUUUUGAAGAAUUCAGUUUGCCUUACUUGAAGCAGAUUAUCGAUGCUGUGAAGAAAAGCCAUCCAAAUCUCCCUUUGAUCCUGUAUGCUAGUGGAUCUGGGGGCUUGCUUGAAAGACUAGCCUUGACAGGAGUGGAUGUAAUUAGCUUGGAUUGGACAGUUGAUAUGGCUGAUGGUAGGAGGCGACUGGGACCAAAUAUAGCUGUCCAAGGAAAUGUGGACCCUGGUGUUCUUUUUGGUUCCAAAGAGUUCAUCACUGAUAGGAUAAAUGAUACUGUGAAAAAAGCAGGUAGAGGGAAACAUAUCUUGAAUCUUGGUCAUGGAAUUAAAGUAGGUACGCCUGAGGAGAAUGUUGCACAUUUUUUUGAGGUUGCUAAAUCACUCCGAUACUAA